AUGCGUACACAAUUUUUCCUGCCUUGGGUCGCCACACAUGGCCUUUUGGAGCAGACGGCGCUCGCGAACAAGCCCCAUAGUCAUGACAGCAAGCUGCAUAUGAACCAGAUCCAGGUCGUCGGAACUCACAACUCGUACCACCGCGAGAUCAACCGCUCCGAACGCGACGUCUUCGAAAAAUACGUGCCAAAUGCGGAGAAUCUGUACUACUCUCACUCCAGCUGGGCCGACCAACUUGAUCACCAGUCUGUUCGAUCCCUCGAGAUCGACCUCCAUUCCGAUCCCAAGGGAGGCAUAUAUGCUUUCCCCUUGAUUUGGAAGCUGAGCAACCUCACCAAUGAGACCGCACCCUUUCAUGACAUCAACAUGUACAAGCCAGGUCUCAAGGUCUUUCACAUAAAGGACAUAGAUACUAAUGCGAUCUGCCACACCUUCACCGAGUGUCUGUCGCAAUUGAACACCUGGUCGCAGGCCAAUCCGAGCCACCUACCCCUCACUAUCGACUUGGAGCUGAAGACAGACGCACCCGCAUGUUCCGCUGGUGGUGUAUGUGCGCAAGAGGCAUUGAGUUGGACGCUUCCUCAAAUUCUCGACGUAGAUGCCGAGAUACGUUCGAUCUUAUCGCCCGAGAAGCUCAUCGUUCCAGACGACCUUCGUCGUCCUGGUAUGACUUUGGAGCAAUCAGUUUUGAAGCAUGGCUGGCCAACACUUAAGCAAUCUCGGGGAAAAUUCAUGUUCUACUUCGAUAACGACCCGGAAUCGGACGCCAACAUCCGACCUUUGUACAGAGCAAAUGGUCACGAAUCACUACAGAACCGGACAGUYUUCACGAAUGCAGUGGAGGGUGACGCCGACGCUGCAUUCAUCAAAUACAACUCGCCAAACGUGACCGAAAUACAACGGCUGGUUCGUAAAGGCUAUCUUGUGAGGACCCGGGCAGACGAACCGAUCACUACGGUCGUGUCUCRGAACACAACCAUGCGUGAUAAUGCCUUUCAGAGUGCGGCGCAGAUUGUGUCUACAGACUACCCGCAGUACGGCAUGUCAACAAGAUGGGACUCGGAUUAUGCUGUGCAGUUGCCGGGAGGACUUGUUGCGAGAUGUAAUCCUGUCACCGCGCCGCGCUGGUGCCGUGAUACGAUGGUACAAUAA